GUGUCUCACGGCCGAGCCGCGGUCCUGAGGCCUCGGGCAGAACGGGCCCAGGGUCCCCCAGCAUUUCAGGGGCGGGACGGGGAUGGGCAGACGUUUGGAUGGGAAUGACCUAAAUGAACAUUUAUCACUUCAAACUGGCAAAAUGUGUCCCUCCCGGGGGUGCGUCUUGUCCUCCAGUUAACUUUAAGCGAUUGAAAUGAGCGUGAAUGUUGGGCCCCUCGUCACCGUUGUUGACGAGUGUUUUCGAGAGCUCAUGAGAUAACGACGCUGCGGAAAGAGGUCCUUUGUGACGAGUGAUCUGGUCACAGAAUUGUUGGGAUCUUCAAGGUACGAGUGACACCUCUCCUGCUGCUCCAACAACUGUUGAUAUUUGUCGCUGCUUUUCUCAAAACGCCUGAGGCAGAGAAGGUGAACAUCAAAGGCAGUGGAGUAACCAUUCCUGGGAUGCCGUAGUUAAUGUAUUUCUUGAGAAUGUAAAUCUGAAACUUUAAAACUGUUUUAGUUUUAGAAUAAAAGAAUCUGAAAAAGCUGGAGAAGAUAAAGUGUAUUCCGUCUCCAAGCCAGAAGAUCAUCAAAGUAGGAAAUGCACAAUUUUGAGGAUGAGUUAACGUGUCCUAUUUGCUACAGUAUUUUUGAAGAUCCUCGUGUACUCCCAUGCUCUCAUACAUUUUGUAGAAACUGCUUAGAAAACGUUCUUCAGGCAUCUGGUAACUUUUAUAUAUGGAGACCUUUACGAAUUCCACUCAAAUGCCCUAAUUGCAGAAGUAUUAUUGAAAUUGCUCCAACUGGCAUUGAAUCUUUACCUGUUAAUUUUGCAUUAAGAGCUAUUAUUGAAAAGUACCAGCAGGAAGACCAUCCAGACAUCAUCACCUGCCCUGAACAUUAUAGGCAACCAUUAAAUGUUUACUGUCUACUAGAUAAAAAAUUGGUAUGUGGUCAUUGCCUUACGAUAGGUCAGCACCAUGGUCAUCCUAUAGAUGAUCUUCAGAGUGCCUAUCUGAAGGAAAAGGACACUCCUCAAAAACUGCUCGAACAGUUAACUGACACACACUGGACAGAUCUUACUUGUCUUAUUGAAAAGCUGGAAGAACAAAAAUCUCAUUCGGAGAAAGUGGUCCAAGGUGAUAAGGAAGUUAUUCUCCAGUAUUUUAAGGAGCUUAGUGAUACAUUAGAACAGAAAAAAAAAAAAUUUCUCAGUGCUCUCUGCAAUGUUGGCAAUCUGAUUAAUCAAGAAUAUACUCCACAAAUUGAAAGAAUGAAAAACAUCAGAGAGCAGCAGCUUGAAUUAAUGACAUUGACAACAUCUUUACAAGAAGAGUCGCCACUUAAAUUUCUUGAAAAAGUUGAUGAUGUCCGCCAACGUGUGCAGACCUUGAAACGAAGACCACUUCCUGAGCUCCAGCCUGUUGAAAUUUAUCCUCGAGUAAGCCAAGUAUUGAAAGAAGAUUGGAGCAGAACGGAAAUUGGACAAAUCAAGAAACUUCUCAUUCCUGAAAUGAAAAUUUCUUCAAAAAGGAUGUCAUGUUCCUGGUCUGAUAAGGAUGAAAGAGAAGUUGAAUUUUUUAAGAUUCUAAACAUUGUUAUAGUUACACUGAUUUCACUGAUAUUGAUGUUGAUCCUCUUUUUUAACCAACACAUAAUAACCUUUUUAAAUGAAAUCACUUCAAUAUGUUUUUCUGAAGUCUCUCUGUCUGUUUACCAAAGUUUAUCUAACAAUCUUCAUGAUUUAAAGAAUAUACUAUGUCACUCUUUAUAUUUACUGAAGGAAUUCAUGUGGAAAAUAGCUUCUCAUUGAAAAUUCAAGUCUGAAUUGUUUAAAUAGGCUUAUUCUGUACAGCAGAGACUGAUAACCAUGGCUAAAUGGAGAACUAGGGGUAGCGUGGAUAAAUAAAACAGCAAACUAAACUUACUAGAGUUGCAACACACAAAUAUGUUAAGCCUUUCAUGCUGCUGUUGGAUAGAAAUAAUGUGUCAAAGUUAGAAAUGAGGCAGAAUGUCUCUAGUUUUCAGACAUCUGAAAACUAGAAUAAAAUGUAGUAAUUCCUUGCAUAUUAAUGCAUGAUCUCAUUGGCUUGAGGUUUACUUACUAUGGUGGUGACAUUUAAGCAUUCUUGUACCAAUACCGUCUUUGAACAUUAUCCUAUACUGUAGUGGCUGACUUUGCAGUUCUUUAUAUAUUAUGUAGCUUUUGGAUUCAAAGAUGGCAAAAUUCUGGAAGUGCAUACGCCUUUAUUUUGAUGUGGCUGGAAGCUUUUGAAUGGGUGAGAUGGUGAGAAGAGGUUUUAAAUUCAAGCAGCAGAGUCUAAAAGUGAUAAAAGACUGCUUAAAGAUGCUUUUCAUCAAACACACCUGAUCCACACAUUGUUUCAGAUAAGAUUUGCGAGCCCUAAAAUGUUUAUCAGAUACAGAACAGCAACAUUUUCUAAUACUUGUCAUAUUCUGUGGUUUGUGUAAAUUGUUUUAGGAUUGUAUUAGAAUUUGUGUAGUGUUUUAAGUCUUGUCAAAUCAGUUCUUGGAUAAAAACUAAAAUGUUACAAAAUGGAAUCAUUGUUGAUAUAUUUCAUCAUCAGAUUUAGAUGACUCAUGUUCAUUAUAUUUGUCUUAAAAAAUUAUCUUAAAUUUUCUGCCAAACAUUCCCUUAUGCUAAUGCCAAAAUAGCAAUAAUUUUAAUCUUAUUUCCUUGAAUUUUGCUUAAAAGGGAGCCUACCUAGCUAUUAAGUCAGAUCCCUUUGAUAAUUCCCUUAUUAUUAGCAGGGACUGGAAUUGGAGUGUUUGUUGUAGUUUUGGCCCUUCUGUCCACACAACCCUAACCCAAAUAUAACCUCGUUUGCUUUCCAGAAAUUCCAAACUGGCUAUUGCUCUUGGAUCACACCUCUAGGUGCUUUACCUAAUUUAAAAGACUUUCCAGGUCAGAUUAGGGAAUGCUCCUGGUCCUACAGAUUACAUGUAAAUUCUAAUGAAUUCAUAUGGCUGUGUUCAGGGCACUAGUUCCAAAAUAUUCCUAAGGUCUUAUCUGCGAAGAACAAGUCUGAAUGUUAAGACAGCCGGCUGUGUUGUCAGUUUGUGACCAGAACCAGAAUAUCCCUAGCACAAAUUAGCACAAUUAACGUAGUCAUGCAUCACUUAACGGCAGAGAUACAUUUUGAGAAAUGCUUCGUUAGGCAAUUUUGUCCUUCUGCAAACACCAAUGCAAACAGAUAGUAUAGCCUACUACACACCUCGGCUAUAUGGCACUAAUCUUAUGGGACCACCGUCAUAUAUGCAGUCAGUCAUGAAUGGAAACAUCGUUACGUGGCACAAGACUGUAUUGUAUGGGGGCCAAGAACAUCUGGAGGGUGUAAUGGAGAUAGGGAAAAUAUACAUUCAGCUACUGAGAUGAGAGAAAUACAAAUACACGUUAACUUUAGACCAAAGUUGCACUGAUUUAAGUAUUAGUCACAACACGAAAAUGCCAGGGACUUUUGGAAUACAGGUAAAUACUAGUAAGUAGUGAAAUGUGUGUUAGCUGUCAAGCACUUAAUCUCACACUUCUGAAGUAGGUAUUAACUGCUACUUUUGUACAAGACAAAAGAGACACAAAAGUAAUUUGCCCAAAGCCAUAGAGCUAGUAUAUGGGAGACCCAGUGUAUUCUUUCCAGAGUUCAUGCUGUCAUGCAGCCUUUCAAGGAUUUAAAUAAGCCGAGAGUUUUAUUAAAGCAGGCCUUCUGUUCAUGUCUAAGAAUCAUCUGUAGCUAAAAAUUGAAGCAUAUGCCUAUUAAUUUUUUAGGUUUGACAUAUUUUCUAACUUUUUAGUAGACAAAACUUUAUUUUUUGAUGAAUUUUAUGUAGUGUGCAUGAAUAUAGUAAACAAAUAACUGAUUCUUAUAAAUGCUGUUUUUUAAAAAAAUUUUUACCGAGAUGAGAUUGUAGAAUUUAAAGUAUAUAAUCUUGAAAUAUUUUUGU